AUGAAUGAAGAUAUUUGGAACAAGAUGAGAGUGACAUCUGUGGUGAAAAAGAGAAAAGUAAAACUGAGAUGGUUUGGGCAGAGAUGUGUAGAUAUCAUAGUGAGAAAGUAUAAGACGGUGGGUGUUAGAAUAGAUAGAGGCAUGAAGUCCUUUAAUCUUUGCCUUUGUGUUAUGUUUUCUUACUUAUUACGCGUUCUUUCUGUAGAUGCAUCUUUCAGACUUUCUGAAAAUGAAACGAAUCGCUUAGCCCUCCUCAGAAUCAAAACACAGAUAACAUAUGAUCCUUCUGGUGUUACGAAUUCUUGGAAUGAUCCAUUCCAUCAUUGUAGUUGGCAAGGCGUUACAUGUAGUGCUCGACAUCUAAGGUUGACAAUGCUGGAUUUAAGCUCUAAGCAGGUUGUUGGGACAUUAGUUCCUCAGAUAGGAAAUAUGAGUUUUCUUAAAGAACUAUUUCUUCAAAAUAACACCUUUAACAGUAAGGGUGUGAUCCCAUCAUCUUUCAGUUCUUUGAGAGGGAUGGAGUAUUUGGACUUGUCGCGUAAUAAGUUCUCUGGUCUUAUUCCAAAGUACUUUGAAACUUUCAUAUCAUUGAAAAGCUUAUACCUGUCAUUUAACAAUUUUGAGGGUGAAGUACCUCGAGUAGGAGUUUUCAGUAAUGCAAGUGCAGCAAUAGUCAACGAAAACAGAAAUCUUUGUGGCGGUGCUCAAAUGCUAAAGCUACCACAAUCCCUUCAAUCGAUUAAGCAGAUGAUUCGUCUUGAAACUGUCACAAUCAAAAUACUCGAUUUGCAGCAUAAAGGAGCUUUGAAAAGCUUCAUUGCAGAAUGUGAAGUCUUAAAGAACCUCAUGCAUAGAAAUCUUGUCAAGUUAGUAACUGCAUGCUCAGGUACUAACUUUCAAGGAAAUGAUUUUAAGGCCCUCAUUUACGAGUUCAUGGUUAACGGUAGCCUAGACGAUUGGCUACAUUUUCAUUUUCUAAUAAUGGAAGUCUGCACUUUCGAUAUCUAG